AGCCAAAAAAAGAAAACUUCGUUCGAAACAUUUGCGGGGAUAAGCUGAGGCGGUCUUAAAUUGCAACAAAUCUAAAAAUAAAAAGCCUCCCGUGGCAUCUCUUUACUUCGCGCGCUCUUGUUUGAUCCGGUUCUCUCUCGACGCGCCGUCGUCUCCAUCACCAUCGCCGCCGCUCCCACCUAGUUGUUUCUUCUAUAAGUACGUAUAAGGGCCAUGCCACCGUUUACUGCUAUAGCUUUGGAUAGGUUAAUUGAAUCUGGAGAUUCAAAAUCUGUUGAUAAAUCUUCUCGUUAUUUAAAACCACCUAUCCCUCCGAACUCAAAGCUACGGAGGAGGAACAGUACAUCAGCUGCAGAAAGGAAGGGUAACCGCCCCCAAAUUUCACCUGCCUUGUAUGCUACUCCAGAUGCAACUCCACUACCUGAUUCAACAUCUUUUUUCCCUUCUUCUCCUUACAUCGUCAAUCACAAGCGACGUGGACCUUGCCUUUCGAGGAGCUCUUCCGAAAUAUUAUCACGGCAAAUAACCCUUGAAGAAGAUGAAGUUAACAGCAAAAUAAAGGUAGCAGACAAAGCAUCACUGGCAGAAACAAAAUAUGUUGAUUUAUCGAAGGAUGGUCCUUUUACUUCUAGCGUUCGUAAACCUAAUGAAGAGAAGCAUCGAAAUGGUGUUUUUAAUGGUCAUGUCAAUGCGGAGAAGGCAAAUGUCCAUGGUGGCUCCAUUCAAGAUGAGCACAAAAAUGGCGUUGGGGAUGGUGAAUUGGGAAGCAAUAAUGGGGAAGUUGGAAGCUGCCUGAUGAGUAAUGGUUUGGCCAAGGAUAGAGCUGUGCCAAACGUUGGACCGCCAAACUCGGACAGAUAUAGUGACAAAGAAGAUUUCUUUGAUCUGAAUGAAUCAACGAGUGCCACAAGUAAUACUGAUGGAGAUGAUCAUACUGCGGCCGAAGGUGCUGGAAAAUCUGCUGCAUCAGGGGUAGAGUUUUAUGAUGCAUGGGACGAGCUAAGCUCCAAUAAUGCACCACAUACUUUUGUUCGCGACAUUGAAGCUGAACUGCGUGAAAUAAGAUCGAAUUUACUCGUAGAGAUCGAAAAGAGGAAGAAGGCAGAAGAAACUUUGAACCAAAUGCGAUGCAAGUGGCAAAGAAUCAGCCAAGAGUUUGCUGUAGCAGGAUUGGCAUUGCCAGUAGAUCCGGUUGAUGCGACAGAUGAUGAACUGGUGAAACCAGUUGAAGAACUGAGGCAGCAAGAGAGUGUUGCACGACUUGUAUCUUUAUCUGUGGGAAGAGGCGUUGCAAGGGCUGAGAUGCAGAUGGAGAUGGAAUCUCAAAUUAAAUUGAAGAACUUUGAAGUCGCCCGAUUGUUGGACCGGUUGCACUAUUACAAGGCUGUAAAUCAGGAAAUGUCUCAGAGGAACCAAGAGGCUAUAGAGAUGGCACGGCGUGAUAGACAAAGGAAAAAAAGAAGACAAAAAUGGGUCUGGGGUUCGAUAGCCGCAGCAAUUACCCUCGGCAUGACAGCGCUGGCAUGGUCUUACCUACCAUCAGGAAAAGCAUCAUCGGCGUCUUCUGCCCGCAUUACUCAGGCAUCUGUUAGUGAUGAUGCAAUCACAAAAACAGCAAAGUGAAAAAAAUUAUUCAAUCAUUAAAGCUGUGGUAGCCCCAAUCUUGAGCUUAAUUCUGCUGGUUAAUAUAGUCACUCCGUAAAAGUGACAUUCAGCCGUUUUGUAGUUUGAAUCUCGACUUCUGCACCUUUCUGUAUCCUCACCCAUUUGUAUCCCAAAACUAUAACCUCCUUUUUACAAAAAGAAAGGAAAAAAAAAUGUUGCCCAAGCCAAA